GUUACAGGAGGUGUGGUAAUUCACUGCCCAAGAUAUCGGCAAUUAUGCACGAUCCGAAUUAUUGAGACUGCAAUAAGAAAUUCAAAGCACAUGGUUUCUGACAAUGGUGAUUGUGAUCGGGGUUUGGGUGAGAUAUGGCAGCGUGAUUGA